AUGGCACCUCUACCGGGGAAACUUCAAGCUAACAGGCCAAUGGUGGCCCUUCUCCUCUUUCUGUGCGCGUCCGAGGCUGACGCAGGCACAGUACGGUAUUCGGUGGCUGAAGAGAUGGAGAGCGAUUCUUUUGUGGCCAAUGUAGCCAAGGACUUGGGACUGGAGGCCGGGGAGCUCUUGGCCAGAGGGGCACGACUGGUUUCAGAUGACAGCAAGCAACAUUUUAGGCUUCACCGCAAGACCGGAGAUCUGUUUGUGAAAGAAAAGUUGGACCGGGAGGACCUGUGCGGGAAAGCGGACCCUUGUGUGUUGCGCUUUGAAAUCGUCCUGGAGGAGCCGCUGCAGUCCUUCCGAGCCGAGGUAAGGGUUUUUGAUAUCAAUGACAAUGCUCCAGUGUUCCCAAACCACGGGCCGGUUUUAAAGAUCCCUGAAAGCACUCCCCUGGGCUCUCGGUUUCCUUUGCAGAGCGCCCAGGAUUUGGAUGUGGGGCUCAAUGGCCUUCAAAAUUACACCCUGAGCUCCAACGCCUAUUUCCACUUGCAUACUCGCUUCCGCAGCCACGGUCCCAAGUAUGCGGAACUAGUACUCAUUAAACCUCUAGAUCGUGAGGAACAACCCCAGGUCGGCUUAACCCUUACGGCAGUGGAUGGCGGGUCUCCGGCUAAGUCUGGAACAGCGCAGAUCCUCAUCAUGGUUCUUGACGUCAACGACAAUGUCCCUCAGUUUUCUCGGUUGGUGUACCGCGCCCAGAUCUUGGAGAAUAGUCCCAAUGGUUCAUUAGUCACCUCAGUGUCCGCUACUGACUCAGAUGAAGGCACCAACCGGGAAAUAAUCUAUUCUUUGGCUCAAAACCCAGAAGGAAUUCUACAGACUUUCCACAUCAACUCUGAAAAUGGAGAAAUCCGACUCCGAGGACAGGUGGAUUUUGAAGCUAUUGAAAACUAUGAUAUUGACGUUCAAGCCAUUGAUGGUGGGGGACUGUCUGCUCACAGCAAGGUGCUGGUGGAAGUGGUGGACGUGAACGACAAUGCCCCAGAUGUAUUGAUCACCUCUAUUUCAAGCCGGAUCCCAGAGGACUCCCCACUUAACACCGUUGUGGCCCUUUUUGGUGUGCGAGACCGUGACAUUAGAGUAGGAGGGAAAAUCACCUGUUUUAUUCAAGGCGAUCUUCCUUUUACUAUCAAACCGACAUUCAGAAAUUCCUAUUCCCUAGUCACUGGAGGAGCCCUCGAUCGGGAGAAAGUCGAAGGAUAUAACCUGACCAUAGUCGCUAUGGAUUCAGGAACUCCUAGGCUGUCCUCAGAGACGAUCAUCGAAGUGAUGAUAUCCGACAUUAAUGACAAUCCCCCUGUGUUUAAGGAGGCGUCUUAUAUCAUGACUGUGAGAGAGAACAACAGCCCCGCAGUUUUUAUUGGCAAAGUCCAAGCGGAGGACCUGGAUUCCGAGGAGAAUGCCCAGAUUACUUAUUCCCUGCUUCCUCCCGAAAGUGGCGAUCUCUCUGUCUUCUCUUACAUCUCCAUCAAUUCGAACAAUGGAAAACUCUAUGCUCUGAGAUCAAUGGACUAUGAAGCGAUUCGGGCUUUUCAAUUCGUGGUGAAGGCUGUAAAUGGUGGGCCUUUGCCUCUGAGCAGCCAAAUCAUUGUUCGAGUAGUUGUCUUGGAUGUCAACGACAACCUCCCAAUGAUCUUGUAUCCUCUGCAAAACAGCACUUCUCCUUGCAAUGAUCUGGUGCCCAGAGCAGCAGAAGUGGGCUACUUGGUAACCAAGGUGGUCGCUGUAGAUGGGGACUCUGGUCAGAAUUCUUGGCUUUCUUAUGAGCUGCUCAAGGCCACAGACCUCGGACUAUUUUCUGUGGGACGGCAAAGCGGAGAAAUUCGAACCCUGAGGCUGAUAUCCGAGAGAGACUCCAUGAAGCAAAAAAUGGUCAUUGUUGUUCGGGAUCACGGUCAGCCUAGCCUCUCCACCACCGCCACAUUGAAUAUUCUGCUGGUGGACGGCUUUUCUGAUCCCUAUGUACAGCUUCGGGAUCAGUCCAAACGCGAGAGGAAGACAAACCCUUCCACUAAAUACUUGGUAAUUUCCUUGGCUGUGCUUUCCUGUCUCUUUCUGUUUUCAGUCACUGUAAUUUUUCUCAUUCACAUAUAUCAGAAGAUCAAAUAUCGAGAAAAACAGUUUACUACCUCUGAGCACUUCUACUAUGACUGCAGUUUCCCUAAUAAUUUGAUGGAUGGGCAAGGUGGAGAGACUCUAGGCCGGGUUUGUCCUUACGAAGAGGGCUCUGUUACUGGCACUGGUAAUAGUGAGUUCCGGUUUCUGAAACGAUUCAUGCCCAACUUCCCAGCGCCUUGUGGUGUGGAAGAAAGAAAUAAGAAAGAAACUGGAUCUCAUUUACCAUCCAAUUUGGAUCUGGAUAGCCCAAGGAGGUCAGAAGGCUGCCCCCGAAUGUCUGAUGAAUAUAUGUAA